AUGGCUCCUAAAACCCCUCUGUCCCACGCGAAAUCACCCACCGUCACCCGAAACGUCAAGCAUGUCGUGCUAGGUGACCUGCUCUUCCAGACCUGGUACCAGUCCAUCUACCCGGAGGAUCUGGUGAGCAAAGACACGGAUCGGCUCUACGUGUGUCGCUGGUGCUUCCGCUACUCGUGCGACGCCGACGCUUACGCGAAGCACACGCGAACCUGCCUCCACCGCGCGACGCCCCCCGGGACCAAAGUCUACGAUCACGGAGGCUACUCGGUGUGGGAGGUUGACGGGGAACAUCACAAGCUGUAUGCGCAAAACCUGUCGCUCUUCGCGAAAUUGUUCCUCGACCAUAAAUCCGUCUUCUUUGACGUCUUCUCCUUCCUUUACUAUCUCCUUGUCUUCACCGAUCCCGAGGACUCGAGCUAUCAUGUCCUGGGCUUCUUUUCGAAAGAAAAACUCUCCUGGGACGCGAACAAUCUGGCCUGUAUCCUAGUCUUUCCGCCUUACCAGCACAAGCAGCUCGGGAAGCUGUUAAUGGGGGUCAGCUAUAAACUCAGCGGCUGGGAACAUGAUCGCGGGUUGAUUGGCGGACCGGAGAAACCGUUGAGUGAAAUGGGCAGUCGCAGUUACAGUCGCUUCUGGGAGGAACGGAUAGCGAGACACAUCCUGCAGGAUACGCAGACCGGAGAUGCCCCGGACUCGCCGCAGCAAAAGCAGAAGCCUUCCAAGGGCGCUCGCAAGCGACCACACCAUGAAAUCCUGACAGUUCAGGAUAUCGGCUUAGCCACAGGAAUGCUGACGGAGGAUGUGAUCACGGCGCUGAAAGGAAUGGAGGCCGUUGAGCCGGCGACGCCAUCUAAAAAGCGCAAAAUGCCCCGUACGGCAAUCGACAACGCCCCUGAUGAUAGCGAGGCGGUCAUCAUACGGAAAUCUAAAAUACUGGAAUGGGCGAAGGCUCAUAAAACGACCUUGGAUGAUCCCAUCAAUGCCGAUGGUUUUGUUGGGGAGUGGGCACCCAGGAGCAUUAGACAGGGUAGUCCGAAUUCUGGAGAGGAAGAUGGAGACGAAGAGGAGGAAGGAAAAGGAACCGAGGUGGAGGAGGAGGACGAGUAG